UAUUCGUCUGUGUUUGGCUGAGGUGGUUCUAGGGAAGGGAUUGCUGAUUUAAUUGUUUUAAUUUCUUUGCUAAUAAAUUAAUGUAGCCUUUUAAAAAUGAUAGCCUUUGAUCGAUCUAACAAUCAUAAAAUCUUAUUGAUUAAAGAUUUUUCUUAGAAAAUUACAAUUUCCAAAUUGUCAAUAUUGACAAGCAGAUUACAAUGUCGAAACGUACAGCCGAAGAUGGAGGCAAUGGCAGCAGUCAACCGCCGAUCAAAAAAGUUCACUUUGAACCCCACUUAAUAGGUCCUGUCUCCACCCUUGAAGAAAUGGACAUUAAGGUUUUACAAUUCCAGAACAAGAAAUUAGCUCAGAGAAUAGAGCAACGGCACAGGUGUGAAGCUGAACUGCGGGCCAGGAUAGAACAGCUUGAGAAGCGACAGACACAAGACGAUGCAGUGUUAUGUGUUGUCAAUAGAUACUGGAACCUACUCAAUGAAGACAUCAGGGUGUUGCUGCAACGCUUUGAUGCGGAGACUGCAGAUGAAUCAGAAAACAAAAAUGAGAACGAAGCGACCACUUCAUUCUUAAUGCAGUUAUCAACAUGGGACAAGGAGGAAUUGGACGCCCAACUUGCAAACAGAGUGCAAGUCAGUAAACGAGCAGUGGCCAAAGUAUUACAGGCCUUUGAUAGGCUACAGCAAAGGAAUGAUAAGAUAUGGAAGGCUAUUAAAGGGGAAAGUGAAGAGGGUACACCAGCGCCAUCAUUAGACGAAACAAUCCGUGCUACCAACGAGGAGGUCACUGCAGAGAACCGUCGGCUGCAAGCCCUUUGUACCACGCUGCAUGAGAGCCACCACGCCAUGACGCUGCGAGUAGCGCAACUGCAGGACGCGGUCAACAGCAGAGACACCGAGAAUGCUGAGCUGAAGAACCAGAUUGACGACCUGCAGUAUGAGCUGAUGAAGGUCCGAUCAAGAAACGACAAGUUAGAAAACCACUUAGCUGAAGCGAUCGAAAAGCUCAAGAGCUACCAUCAAUCUGGAACCGCGAGUGGCAGCACGCCAGGACCUGGACCAGCUAUAGCCGCGCCGCAUCCCGUAGUCAACGCCAAACUGGAGGAUGUUGCUGCAGAGCUUGAAGAACAGCGGGAACUGGCCAAUAAUAGACUAGCUGAGCUGGAUCGUCUGCAUCGACAGCAUCGGGACACCCUCAAAGAGCUGGAGAAGCUUAAGAUGGACAUCCGUCAACUGCCUGAGUCUGUGAUAGUAGAGACGACAGAGUACAAGUGUCUACAGAGCCAGUUCUCGGUGCUCUACAACGAGUCAAUGCAGAUGAAGACUGCUCUCGACGAGACGCGGCUACAGUUGCAAAGUGCUAAAAAUUUACACAUGCGACAGAUCGAGAUGAUGGAGAGUGAAGAAUUAGCACGACAAAAGGCACUCCGGGCAGAAAUGAUCCAGCUUGAAGAUGUACUGGGUCAGCUAAGGAAAGAGUAUGAGAUGUUGCGGAUUGAAUUCGAACAGAACCUCGCGGCCAAUGAACAAACGGGACCAAUUAACAGGGAAAUGAGGCACCUCAUCACUUCUCUACAGAACCACAACCAACAGCUCAAGGGGGAAGUGCAUCGGUACAAGAGGAAGUACAAGGACACAAGUCAAGAAUUAAAUAAGGUCCGCAAAGAGAUGGAAGAGGCAAAUACACGCGGCGGUGCAAGUACAGAACAACCCGAUGAAAAGCCACUCGUUGUCAAAAAAGAGGAACCCGACCCUGAGGGCGAAGAAGGCGGCAGUGCAGGCCCUGAGAACAAAAACGCAGGGAACAAAGAACACAAUCGCGCCAAGUUGCAGGAGCAGGAUCAAAUCAUCAAAGACCUCAAGCAGCAGCUCAAGAAGGCGGUGAACGAGCAGAAGGAGCUGAAGCUGCUGCUGGACAUGUACAAGGGCGUGAGCAAGGAGCAGCGCGACAAGGUGCAGCUCAUGGCGGCCGAGCGCAAGGCGCGCCAGGAGCUCGACGACCAUCGACAGAAGGCCAAGAUGGCGCAGGAAAGUAAACGCGAAAGGCGAUUAGCUGACGAAGAUGCGUUACGGAAGAUCAAGCAGCUGGAAGAGCAGAAGUAUGAGCUUCAGAAACAAUUGUCAUGUGCUCGACCCAACGCUGAUCCACUGCAUACCUUCGCGAGGCCCUUUGCUGGUUCGCAGGUAACUUCUGAGGAAGAAGAAGCUCUCUUGAAUGAGAUGGAAGUGACGGGGCAGGCGUUUGAAGACAUGCAAGAGCAGAACUCGAGGUUAAUACAACAACUCAGGGAGAAGGAUGACGCCAAUUUCAAGCUUAUGUCCGAGAGGAUAAAGGCCAAUUCCCUGCACAAGCUUUUGAGGGAAGAGAAGCAGCUCUUACAGGACCAGGUGACAACGCGGGACCAACAGAUCGAGUCGUUGAGCCUGGUGGCUCGGCGGCUGGAGGAGAAGGAGCGGUUACUGCAGAACACACUGUCGGCCGUGGAGAAGGAGCUGCUGCUGCGGCAACAGGCCAUGGAGAUGCACAAGCGCAAGGCCAUCGAGUCGGCGCAGUCCGCUGCCGACCUCAAACUGCAUCUUGAAAAGUAUCACGCACAAAUGAAAGAGGCGCAACAAGUGGUCGCGGAGAAAACGAGCGCGCUCGAAGCGGAGGCGUAUAAAACUAAACGGUUACAUGAGGAGCUGGCCGUGCUGCGGCGUAAGGCGGAGCGCAUGAAGAAGAUGGAGCAAGCCGGCAGCAGUAUGGACGAGGUGUUGCUGGAAGAGAUACGAGAGUACAAGGAGACCCUCACCUGCCCUUCGUGCAAGGUUAAACGCAAAGACGCAGUGCUGACGAAGUGUUUCCACGUGUUCUGCUGGGACUGCCUGCGCACGCGCUACGAGACGCGCCAACGGAAGUGCCCCAAGUGCAACGCGGCCUUCGGCGCCAACGACUACCAUCGCCUCUACCUCUCCACCUAGGGCCUUUGCACCAAGCGACUUAUCGUUUCUCUCUACUCCCCUCAUGGUAGGGGUUUUCUUGGAAUAAUAAUGCGGUGGGCUCGCAGAUUUACAGGGGCUUGAUUCUGUAAUAUUUCGUUACCGUUGGUCCUCGGUCGCGACCUGUCAGGUACACCUAGUAAGCUCCUAGUGAGCAUGAGGGUUGUGGCACCUUCCAUUGAUCUAAUAAUAACAUAGUGAUAGAUAAUAAUGCAAUGGGGUCCUAGAUUUACUGGGGCUUAAUUCUGUAAAAGUCGCUGCCCAUGAAAAUUAGGUUAUGUGGAAAAUCACAACUUUUCAGGAGACUCUUCAACUUCUUUGAAAAAUUAUGCUUUACUUUUAGAUCAAAAUCACAUAUGUAAAAAGAUUAUCUCUUGUACUAGCACACAUGCUAAAGAACGGGUAUCUACAUGUACACACGCCUUGUAAAAUCAAACAAAAUGACAUCAAAAAGGAAAAUCCAAAAAAAAAAUACAUGGUAACAAAAAAGAUUUUGCAUGUGCAGCGACGUUAUGUUCCAUAAAUUGGUCCUCGGUCGCGACCAACCAAGUACGUUUGAUGAUCUAGCGAGUGUGACGUAUUUUGUGAGGGUCGUAGCACCUUCUGUUAAUCGCAUAAUGCUGGGGGUUUUCUUGAGAUACGAAGAUAUGAUAAAAACUCCAGAUAGCCUCAUACUUUUAGAAAAGUGAAGAUAAAUUCGUACGCGUAGAACAGACUACAUUUAGGUACGCACUUUUGGUAAGACGACACAUAACAUCAAUCAUCAUGACAUCAUUCUAAGUUUUGAGGUUAUGUGAUGAUAAUGGUCAAUGCACAUAGUUGCGCGUUCUGUUGCGUUCAAUUUAUUUUUGUGUGUUACGAUAGUGUACAGAACUCGUUUAUUUAUACUCAAAUGAUUUGUAAGUGCAUCACACUACAUAUUACGUACCGCCUAAAACUUCCUAUUUUUUCUAUGGCACAGUCACAAGAACCUAUCUUUUUUUUUGAGGUUUUGUCGGUAAAGGCCAGUUCACACCACGUCACAAUGCUUGUAAUACCACAAACUACGUUGCGACUUGGAUGUGUAACGGUAUUUCAAUAUCAACAUAUUAUUCAAGAAUAUUUCUAUCACUUUGCGAAAAAAAUCUGUGAUGUUGCCACUGUUGGAAAUGAUUUUUCAUUAUUAAUAAUAAUAAAUUCAAUGGAGUAUACUUCUGCAAAUUUUGUAAAUUAACAUGAUCUCGAUUGACUUUUGCCCUUUUGGAAUCAUCUUAUUUACAACUGCGUGUUGGAAACUCGCGAAUUAUGGCUACUUUAUUUAAGGUGGAAACGAAGUAAAGCGUCGUGACUUUUUAUAACGAUUACUUUUUUGACUAUAAUAAUAAGAAUUAAUUGAUCUAAAAGACUGUUCAGUAUAAAAUGCGCGAAGGAUUUUUUCCCAAAAUAAACUAAAGUCUAAACUAUUUAUUUUUGAGGAAUAAAUUCAACAAAACAAAAUCGAAUCAACGCGCUGCGGCGCGUACUUUCGCUCUUUUUCAUUUUACUUCACUCAUUGACAAUGCCUACAUAAUGAUGUUAAAGUCCGAUUUACAUUGAAACAUCUUAAAAUUGACGCUUCGUGUGUUGUCUGUCCACUCAUGUGCCUCGAGCGUCAUACAUUCUUUCUAACCUUGCUUUUUAUACUACAGUUCUAUUAUAUUUAAGUAAAAAUGUACGUAUAAGUACAUUGGUGUUGAUCAAUAAUAUAAAUAAAUCAACUCAACACUCUA